UAUAAAUAAAUUGCCAUACCACGAUGGAUGUCGUUGGAUUUUCCACAAAACUGAACAAACAAGACUCAUUUUUCUCUCUUAGAUAACUCAUCCUUUCUCUUCUUUCCUUCUUCUGCGAGUUCUCCAGCUCUCACGUACACUUUCUGAAACGUUGUUCAUUUACAGAAAAGCCACUGAAUAGUGGAAUUAUUGAAAAUGGGUUCGUCGGGAAUGUCGAUUGAUGAGAUUGUUUCAGAAAUUAUGAGAAUUCAUGGAUCUUUACCGACAAGGCCAUCGAUAGAGGAGGUUGAAGCAUCAAGAGAUUUAAUUGGGAAUUUGGAGAAAGAGGAUCAGUUGAAACUUGAUGCUAUAUCGAGGCAAAAUAAACGGAAAGGUGUUCCUGAAGAACUGUUUAAUAUUUUGCAAGAGAUGCAGAAGAACGCGGCUCUUUUUCAGAGUAAAGAGCAAAAGAGGGAAGCUUUGAAGCUUUUAGAUCUUGAGAAUGUUCACAGUGUGUUCGACGAUUUGAUUCAGAGAGCUACGAAAUGUUUGCCUUCUAAUUCUCAGGCGAAUGCAACCCCAUCUGCUUCUUCCAAUGGUUUAUCUUUGGCAAAUUCAGAUUCUUUCACCGGUAGCAGCAGUUUAAAUUCUCCAGCAACUACAACAACAACAGCGAUUUCGUCGAGCUUUUAUAACGCGAAAGAGCCAGUUAAAGCUUCUGAAAUGUGUAGUAGAGAUGACAGUUACUUGAACAGGGCAAAAACCACGUUUCUUGUGGAUGGAAUUGGUGUUGGUCUUCGAGCGGGGGAUGCUUCAUCAGGGCCUAAGAUUGUUGAUUCCACCUUAAAGGCAGCAACUAUGAGUGGUCAAGAUGGUGAGAAAUUGAGUUUGAUUAAGCUUGCUAGUAUGAUUGAAGUGUCAUCGAAAAAAGGAAGUCGAGAACUUAUCCUUCGGAGUAAGUUGUCCGACCAAGUAGAAUGGAUUCCAGAUUCUAUAGGGAAGCUGUCAAGUUUGGUCACUUUGGAUCUGUCUGAGAAUCGAAUUACUGUCCUACCCACCACCAUAGGGGGGCUUUCGUCAUUGCAAAAGCUAGAUUUGCACUCGAACAAAAUUGUUCAACUGCCCGAUUCCAUUGGAGAUCUUCUUAAUUUGGUGUAUCUUGAUCUCAGUGGAAAUAACUUGAAGUUGUUGCCUGCGAGUUUUGCUAGGCUAGUUCACCUUCAAGAACUUGAUUUGAGCACUAACGCUCUAUCAGUACUCCCUGAGACUAUUGGCUCGUUAGUAAGUCUUAAGAAAUUGAUUGUGGAAAGUAAUAACCUUGAGGAACUUCCUCACACUAUUGGUCAAUGCACUUCGCUCAAAGAGCUUCAUGCUGAUUAUAAUCGUCUUAAAGCUCUUCCUGAAGCAGUGGGACGAAUUGAGUCGUUGGAGAUUCUGACUGCACGGUACAAUAACAUCAAACAAUUGCCUACGACUAUGUCAUCCCUUACAAGUUUGAAAGAGCUCAAUGUUAGUUUCAACGAAAUUGAAGCAGUGCCCGAGAGCUUGUGCUUUGCUACUAAACUGGUAAAGCUGAACAUUAGCAACAAUUUUGCAGACCUGAGAUCACUACCAAGGUCCAUUGGGAACCUUGAGUUGCUUGAAGAAUUGGACAUGAGUAACAACCAGAUACGAGUUCUUCCAGACUCAUUUAGGAUGCUGUCAAGUUUGCGCGUCCUUAGAACUGAUGGAAAUCCCUUGGAAGUGCCACCAGGAAACAUCAUUGAGAAGGGAGCACAGGCUGUUGUUCAAUAUAUGGCUGAUCUGGUUGCCAAUAGAGAUGUGAAGACGCAACCUGCGAAGAAGAAGAAGAAAUCAUGGACUCAGAUAUGCUGCUUUUCAAGAUCCAACAAACGUCAGCGCAAUGGUGGUAUGGACUAUGUUAAUGCCUGAUGUGCUGCAGCUUCCAUACAAAUCUGGUAUGCUAUAUUUCUCCUCCUUACCACGUUGGUCAUUAUUGUUUCUUAUUACCAAGCAGCUUCCUAAAGGAGAUGGUUGUUACUACCUCGGAGGAAUUAAAAAAUUAAGAAAACGACCUUUUCGGAUUUUUAAUUGUAAGAAUGAACAUCUCUUGUAAGAAGGACAUAAACCUAAAGAAAAUAAUGACCUACUAAACCAAUUCUCGUGUUAGCUCGUGUAUAGGCACUGAUUACUGAUAUAGGAUUAAUUAUUAAUUGUUUAUAAAUGGGAAUGGUGCAUUGUACAUGCUAAUUUGCGUUAAUUACAAUAAUGAAAUGUAGGGUUCUUAGG